AUGCCGGGCGUCAAAAGUCUUGCCCUGGCCAUUCUCCUCCUCCCCUUCUAUGGAGUCAUGGCCCUACCCAUCGCCCCCGCCAGCGGGAGUAUAAGUCUAGACCUGGUUGACCACGAGGCCCAACCUGUGGCCCGAGACACAAAUGCGGUGGCAGACAUAGCCGGGACAGCCGAGGUUGAGUCCAUAAACGAAGCUGGAAGACGCAAAAAGAACGGUGGCGGCGGUGGAGGAGGAGGAGGCGGCGGCGGUGGUGGUGGUGGUGCUGGCAGCGGAUUCUUAGAAAUCGGCAAGGAUGGCCUCAAGAUCGGAGGGUCUGGUUUUGGCUUCGGUGGUGGUGGUGGUGGUGGUGGCCGCAACGGUGGUGGAGGAGGAGGCGGUCUUGGCAGCGGCAGUGGCGGCGGUGGAGGAGGCGGCCUGCCUGGCCUGCCUGCUAGCCUCCCUGACCUUGGAGCGCUGUUUGGUAAGGGUGGUGGGUUAUAA